GGAGGCUCGCUAAGCUAUGCUAAAAGCUAGGACGAACCCCUAAUGACGUCCUAGAGUGUUUUGUUUCAUCCGGAGCCAUGCGGGAUGUUUGAUUUGUUUUCACCGUCUCUGGCUUGUAUUUUAUAAAAGAAAAGUCGAGGCCCACGGAUUGUCUUCCCCAACAAGGGCUGCUCUUUUCUGUUUUCGCCUCAGAACGAACACUAUAGAAAGAAUAUGGCGGACAGCGGGCAUUACUACAACGAGCAUGAUGACAGAACCGCACCAUUUCGCAACCGUAAAGGCAGAGGACCCAAGGGUCGAUCAUUUGACAGAUCUCGGAGGGACCGCCAGCGAGGCAGUCACUCAGGAGGGUUUGGAGGCCCUGGUCCCCGGUCCAGGCUGCUGGAGGAUACAGAUGGAGAUGUUACUAUGAGCGACAGCUCUCAGGACAGCAGCUCGCAGAACAGAUACAAACCUUAUGGAAGACCAUCUCGGAAAGAAGAUGGACGGUUUGACAGAGACAGGCAGCAGGGGAAAGGAGUAGAAAGAGGAAGAGGAAGAGGACUUCCAGGAGGUGGCAGCAGUGGUUUCAGAGGAGGUUUGAGAGGCCGGUUAAGCUGGUUCAAAGUAACGAUUCCACAUGGAAGAAAAUAUGAAAAGAAAUGGUUGAUUACAGCUCUCCAGAACAUCUGUACGGUUCAAUACACACCUGUACAGUACCACGUUGACCAUAAUAGGGCCCAUUUCUAUGUGGAGGAUUCAGCUGCAGCCUACGCUCUGCGCAGAUGUUCUCACAAGAUCACAGAUUCAGAUGGCUAUAAGGUGGAAGUACACGUCAACCCAAGUAAUCCACCAUCCUUCCUGCAGUCGGACCUGAAGCCUGAAGACUUGGAGCACCUGAAGCAAUGCAUGGCGAAACGCUUUGAUGGUUCCCAGCAAGCACUUGACUUGAACAACAUUCGAACUGAUCCAGACUUGGUGUCUCAGAACAUUGAAGUCAUCUUAAACAGAAAAACCAACAUGGAGGCAGUCAUUAAGAUAAUUGAAGAAAACAUUCCUGAGCUGGCGUGUUUGAAUCUGAGUAACAACCGUAUUCACAAACUGGAUGAUCUUACUGACUUGACUACCAAAGUGCCGAAUCUGAAGGCGCUCAACCUUUCUCAAAAUGAGUUAAAGACGGAUCGUGAGCUGGAUAAGUUAAAAGGCCUGAAGCUGGUGGAGCUGUGGCUGAGCAGGAACCCUCUGUGUGACCUCUUUAAGGAUCAAGCUGCGUACAUCAGUGCCGUGCGGCAGAGGUUCCCCCGGCUCCUCAAGCUGGAUGGUCACGACCUCCCACCUCCCAUUGGAUUUGAUGUUGAGACGCCGACUGCAAUCCCACCCUGCAAGGGAAGCUGCUUUGGAUCAGAUGAAAUCAAGUCCCUCAUCCUUCGGUUCUUGCAACAGUACUAUCGUAUAUACGACUCUGAGAACAGGCAGCCUCUGCUGGAUGCUUACCAUGAUGGAGCCUCAUUAUCCAUCACUACACCCUACACCUCCCAGAACCCCUCCAGGAGCAGUCUGGGGGAAUACUACAAAGACAGCAGAAACCUGAAGAGGAUCAAAGACACCACGAUGAGAUUUCGACUUCUGAAGCAUACUCGACUGAACGUUGUGGCGUUCCUCAACGAGCUUCCAAAAACACAACACGACAUUGCCUCAUUUACCGUAGAUGUGAACACCUACACCAAUACACUACUAUCAUUCACAGUCAGUGGAGUCUUCAAAGAAGUUGUUGUUGAUGGGAAGUCCAGAGAAUCUACAAUGGCCUUCUCCCGGGUCUUCAUCACCGUCCCAGCAGGAAAUUCCGGUCUGUGCAUCGUGAACGAUCAGCUUUUCAUCCGAAUGGCUACAACAGAGGAGAUCCGCCGAGCGUUCGUGGCUCCAGCCCCGACCCCGUCUUCCAGUCCCGUCCCAACCCUCACCGCACCACAACAAGAGAUGCUCACUGCUUUCUCGCUAAAAUCUGGCAUGAAUCUGGAAUGGUCACAAAAGUGUCUGCAGGACAAUGAGUGGGAUUUCAACAGGGCAGCACAAAUUUUCACCCAGUUGAAGGCAGAAGGCAAGAUCCCAGAUGUAGCCUUCAUAAAGUGAAUGCUUCCAGUCAAACCUCUGUGAAAUAAAAUCAGCUGUAAUUUUAUUUAAUAAUUUUUUUUCUUUUAUUGUUUAUUUCUUAUCAAGAUUAGGUCUACUUGUGUUAACUAUUUUACCUGCUAAAUGGCAACUUUGACCUGAGGGCUAAUGAUGCAGUUUUUGUUGUCAAUGCAAUGUUACUUAAUAGUCAUUUGUAUAGACACUAGUGGAAAUGUUCAUAGGACAUACAGUCAGGUUUAAAAUUUGUUAAUCUGAAUUCCUUAUUGUUGUAUGUUAAGCAAUAAAAUAUAUUUUGACAACCA